AUGCCAGUUCUCAAUAGGGAUGACAACAAGGCCAUCGAGGAGGCCUUGGAGCUGCGUACAAUCAACUUCUACGAUCUGCCCAAUGACGGGGAGACCAGUGAGUGUAAAUUGAUUGUGAGGCUCCUUCACACGAAGGCUCCUGAAAAGGUCGUCAGGUUUCAAAAGUUUGUGGGUGGACAAGGUGGCAACCAGAACAAGAGGAUUAUGGCUGAGCAAUCCUACCAUAGAUGGUUGCUGUGCUAUGACGUCCUCAGCGGAGAACCUGUGGUGGUCAUCACCUACAGUAGUAGCCAGAGUGACGACCUCCUCAAAUUUGUUGGUGACCUUUUUCCUGGGUCUACAGCAGCUUUGAUCGAGCCAUCGACAGUUGGUCGAUUGGAAAACGGUCUUAAGUUGCUGUCUUCGCCCGAUAGGUUGAUUCCUAUUGCGGUCGAUGAGGUUUUGACGGAUAUACCACGCGGAAUAGAGAGCUCUACUCGUUACAGAGUUUAUAACUUCCGCGUGGAAUCCGUCAACUUGUUGAGGGCGACGGUUAUAGAGGACUGCUGUUUUGGUCCCUUGUGCGAUGCACAAGGUCCACCUUCUAAGCGCUGUGGCUGUGUCGCGACGGAUCCGACGAAGAGUAAAUGGGUGGUGCAGUUUGUCCUCGAGACUCCCACCCUGAACCGCUCCUUCACGAUAUCCUCGCAUCAGCUAACAGCCUACUUCGUAGACGACGCAGCAACUUUGGAGACUUGCCAGUGGAGUGGCUUAGCGAUACGACCGAAGAUUAGGGAGAUAUUGGCUUACGUUAAUAGUCUCGGUGGAUGGGUGGCUACGGCCUGGGUGAAACCAGGGAGAGUGGCUGCAACUGCUGAUGAGCAGGGAGCUAUCACUGAGUCAAAACUACAUGUCUGCUCUCUGCGACCAUCCAACACCACUCCCGAGGUGAUUGAAAACGUCAAGGCCAUGAGAUUGAGACGCGUUGUCCGAAAUGCUAACGACCUCAAUAUUAGAGCAGCACAGAUCCAAGGCCCACAACGGCAAAAUGUCAACCAACCAAAUGUCGCAGUACAACAAGUUGCCAACCAAGGAAAUCGUGACCAUAUCGCAAGACAGCCGGUAUUCCGGGGGUUAGAACCACCAGCGGUUCGCGAACGUCGUCUGGCUGCCGAAGCUGCUGCUGCUGCUGCUGCUGCCGGAUCAGAAGCAUCGCCGGAAAAUGCUGACCGUGCUUCUUCUGUCGACGUCGCAGAUGAGAGUCUCGAGGACUAA